GGAGAGGAAGAGGCGGGGCUUGAGGAGGCUAUCAGGCCUGUAGGACGGAAACACAUGUGGCGCUGCGCAUGUUAUUGUCAUGUGCGACAUGUAGCUGGUUAACUGUAGCGACUGGUUUAUGUGUGUUUUCAUAUAUACAACUUUUGUGUUAAAAAAUGGCCGCAACAGUGGCGACGCCCGUCACCCCCGCGGAGCUCGACCAUGACCGGUGCGGCAGCGAGGAGGAGAGCCGCGGCGCGGAGGAGGAGAGCGGUCCGCAGCAGACAGGCCCCCCGGCCGCAGUGAGCCACAGCCGGCUGUCCAAACUCCCGCUGACCCGCAUCAAGGCGAUCAUGAAGACCGACCCAGACGUGUCCCUCGCCAGCCAGGAGUCGGUGUUCAUCAUCGCUAAAGCCACAGAGCUGUUUGUUGAGAUGAUUGCCAAAGACGCCCUGGUGUACGCCCAGCAAGGGAAGAGGAAAACUCUACAAAGAAAAGACUUGGACAAUGCAAUAGAGGCCAUAGAUGAAUUUGCAUUUCUUGAAGGUAAGCCUGAAUCCUAGUUUUUAAUCAACACUGUAGGUACAACGCAUCUGUGUUAUCCAUGCAGUAGCCUCCAUCGUAGUCUGAUGUGAACCUCACUAGAAAUUUUACUUCAUGUUGUGGUAACACAGAGCACAAGACCUGUUACACUGGGUAGCCUGUCCAUGUCUUUCGUUGGCCGGACAAUCACACAAAACUCUCCCUCCUUCAGCCACAAUUGAAUGGUCCUAUACAUCAUCUGCUUUAACAGGCUUUAUGUUGAUCGUACGCAGAAGUAUGAACCAGCCUAUGUUCACACUGCAAGUUACAUCCAGUUCAUUUAAAUCCAAUUUAGUUCAGUAAUUACUUGAAGUUCAAUUUUUGUACUGUUUGCAUUGUUUUUACUACGCUCAAUAUCAAGUGACAGGCAGGGAUCAAAUCCCAUAAGAGUACAUAAUGUUCAGCAUACUCACGGUGUUCACACAGAUAAUAUACUUUAUUGACCUCAGUAUGUGCCAGUACA